AUGGAGCAGAUCGACUCCGUCAUGGCUUCGCCCUCCUCGCCGUUGAGCUCCGACGGUGACGACGCAAGAUUCACCAUGUCAAGUCCAUGUACUGAGAGUAGCAGCCAACAAGAAUCACAUUCUGUUAAUGACUCAGAGCCAAUACAAAUUGAUGAUGAUGAUAAUGAGAAUGUGGCUGAAGAUGUGAACUUUGGCACAAAGAGAAAGCUUACUUCUGUUGUUUGGAAGGAGUUCAAGAAGGUGAAAGUCUUGGGUGAAAUUAAAGCUCAAUGCCUUCAUUGCCACAAGCAGCUUGGAGGAAAAAGCAGGAAUGGAACGAAGCAUCUUCAUGAUCAUUUGAAGAUAUGUACAUUGAGAAGAAUCAAACUGAAGGGAGAGAACAAGACACUAGCAUAA